AUGGAAACCUAUCAUGGACAUGUCCGCACCCCGGCGGACGCGAUCAUCCUUUUCGAGGCAUGUCGGCUUGGUCUUCUGCCCCGUGUCCAGAGAAGAUUAUCGGAAAAAGAACGGCAAUCAAUAAAAUCGGGAUCCGUCUUUGUCUGGGACGAAAGAGAAGCCGGAAUGAGGCGAUGGACAGAUGGAAAGUCAUGGAGCGCCAGCAGAGUGUCCGGAAGCUUUUUGACAUACCGAGAGAUGGAAGGCAAGCGAGGUGGCCACUCGUCGUCAAGGGCUGGGAAAACACCAGAAAGCAACAGAGGAAGCGAUGAGGAUCAAGCAGAUGGUGGCGAAGAAGGUCCAGAUGGGUACCGUUACAAACCGGACGGGCUGAUGAAGCAGUCGUUCAGCAUCACCACCUCCACGGGUCAACAUCUACAUCUCAUCAGUUACUAUGCGCGAUCACAUCCCAACGCCCCCGGCCUAAAUCAACCCUCGACCGAUCCAGCUUUGCGGUCAAUCCGACCCCAAAAGGGCCUCUACCCAGAGUCCAGCGUUAACGACCAACAAAACCUACCUGUAGUGACUCGUGGGCCCAUGGGGGGCGCUGCGUUAGCUGUUCCUCCGCCAAUGGCCUACGGCCGUGGCCCUCCCCAUCAUCCAUACGCUUCUUCACCCUACGCUUGGUCCCCGCCACCUUUGCUCGGGCCGUCACACGUCUCCGUUAUACCAUACGUUCCGAAUUAUCUGCCUCCAUUGGGUCCUAACGGGCAUCCACAUUUCCCCUACGGUCAUCACCCAGCUUACGCGCAUCCUCCUCCAGGCUACCCUUCUCCGUAUGACAGGUUGAUCCAUCCGGCUGAACAGGCAACCAUGCCUCCACACAUGCACCCCAACGCUGGCCCCAUGCCUCCGCAUGGUGUCCCUUAUUACGGGCAAGGCCAUUCCCCGAUUAUCCCCCGUCACGACUCCAGCAACCCACACGCCCGAAAUUCGCACCCUGCUACUCCACCGACUGAAGCUGACUCGCGCAUCGCGGCCUCGAGAGUUGAUCAUAUCGGCGACAUGAGAAAUGGCUCGCAGUCGGCUCAGUCUCCCAUGAAAGCUUCAGUAACUGGCUCUCCAGUCAAUGGCGUGCGUAAAGCAUCAGAUUCUACGUCGUCAGCGAAUGUCGUGCCCAGCAUCAAUGCACUUGUGAAUUCGGUGCAAACCCCGGCCAUCCCUACGACAGCUCCGCCGCCUAAUUCUGAGCACGUCAAGAGCGAGUUCGGCACACCCACCAAGCCCGGGACCGGGCAAGUUGAUGGGCCAAAGGACAUUCCAAGCGAUAAGAUUGGCUUUGGAGAGGACAUGAGAGCUCUAAGGCAGCUGGACAGAGUCUUCUCUGCAUGA